AUUUAGAAUCAAGCUGCCUGUAUUCUCAAGUGGUUUGUAGAGGAAUGAAUAAUGCCUCUCUCCUCCCUGUCCUUGCAGAGAUGAGUCUGCUCAGCGUGGUUAGUGAAACAGGAACCUGCCUGCUGCCAGCCGAGUGAGUGCCUUCCCUGUUUCUAACAGAGGAAGUGCAAGCAACUGCAGCAACUGACAGCGAGGGCCGCUCCUCCCCGGGGCUCCCGAACCCCAGCCACCGGCUCAUCCUGGAGCAGCAGCUGAUGGAGCUGGGAUGACCCUGAACCUGGUGGUCCUCCACAGCCCAUUCCCCAAAGAGGCCAUGCCCCGCACCUGCCUCUGAAGGCUUCACACAUCUCCAACAGCUCCGGGAGAGACAGACAUGGGGAACAGCAUGAAAUCCACCCCCGCGCCCCCUGAGAGGCCGCUGCCCAGCACAGAUGGACUGGAAGGCGACUUCCUGGCUGUACUGAGCGACUACCCGUCUCCCGACAUCAGCCCCCCGAUAUUCCACCGAGGAGAGAAACUGCGAGUGAUUUCCGACGAAGGGGGAUGGUGGAAAGCCAUUUCCCUGAGCACUGGCCGGGAGAGUUAUAUUCCUGGGAUAUGUGUGGCCAGAGUCUACCACGGCUGGCUGUUUGAAGGGCUGGGUAGGGACAAGGCAGAAGAGCUGCUGCAGCUGCCAGACACAAAGAUGGGGUCUUUCAUGAUCAGAGAGAGCGAGACCAAGAAAGGUUUCUAUUCACUGUCGGUGAGGCACAGGCAGGUGAGACACUACCGGAUCUUCCGUCUGCCCAACAACUGGUACUACAUCUCGCCGCGGCUCACCUUCCAGUGCCUGGAGGAUCUGGUGAGCCACUAUUCUGAGGUGGCGGACGGCCUGUGCUGCGUGCUCACCACACCCUGCCUGACACAGAGCACGCCGGCCCCCGCAGCAGCCAGCGCCCCGAGCUCGCCCGUCACCUUGCGCCAGAAGACCUUCCACUGGAAGAGGACGCCCAGGCUGCAGGAGGACCCCGAAGUGGCGGAGAACCCCCUGGGGGUGGACGAGUCCCUCUUCAGCUAUGGGCUUCGGGAAAGCAUCGCAUCCUACCUGUCCCUAACCGCCGACGACCCCAGCCCCUUCCACCGGAAGAAGAAGAGCCUCUCCCUCAUGUACAGCGGGAGCAAGCGCAGGAGCGCCUUCUUCUCGGCCCCACCCUACUUUGAAGACUAGCCAGAGGACCCAUGGCCCAGCUCAUGCCCAGAAUCCUCCCUGCCCCCCCCGAAGGCGGGGUCCUCCGCAGGCCAAGAGAACCCACCAAGGGGCUGUGUUCUGACCAAAGGAGCCGCCUCCCUGGUGUCUGCCCAGAGCUGUGGUACCACAACGGUUGACUCAUGACGAGGAGCCAUGCU